AAAAAAAAAAAAUGUAACCAGAAAAUCAAAAUCCCUAAAAACCCUACCCAACUCAACAAUCAAUCCAAUCGAAUCCUCCAUUAAAGCCAAUGAUCAUCAGCAGUUGAGCUUUUAUCAUCUCCAAUCAAACAACCUGCAGCAUAUGCAUAUCAGACUCCAUUCUUGUCCUCUUCAAGUUAUCCACACAAGACAAGAAACAAAGCCAUAUCUGUUUACGCCUACACGCCUCUCAGCGGAGUAAUUUGUACACACGCCAAUCUACGAAGAAUUCUAUCGAUCCAUGGCUUGUUCGUGGAAGAUUGCCAGAGUCCACAGUCUAUUACUGCUAUCAAUUGCAGGAUUCAUCAUCCUUAAUUGCGUCUAUACCGAGAAAUCGAAAUCCUUGAAAUCGCCGUUUCGCCCCGUUGACGUAUUGCCUCUGCUGCCGAGGCAAGUCUCGUGGCCUGCUCUGACUAAGCUCAACGAAGCACAGAAUCUCCUGCCUAAGUUCGUCGGUGCCGCCGCUGCUACGAACAAUUCGAUUCUGCAGUGGAGUGGAUCCUGCUUCUACAAUAACACCGCCUGGCUGGUCCUUCACAACAACAGUGGAACCGAAUUCGGUGGCGGUACUCUCCACAUUAAGGUUAGCAAUGCUCAUAGUUGGACAUGUAUGGAUCUUUACAUCUUCUCGACUCCAUAUCGAGUUACAUGGGACUAUUACUUUCUGUCUCGGGAGCAUACACUUGAGUUCGAAUCAUGGGAAACACAAGCUGAAUUGGAAUAUGUUAAAAAUCGAGGGGUCUCGAUCUUUCUUCUGCCAGCAGGGAUGUUAGGAACACUUCGUGCUCUCUGGGAAGUGUUUCCUCUGUUCUCCAAUAGUGAAUGGGGUGAGAACUCUAAUCUAAAGUUUCUUGAAAAGCACAUGGAUACUUCCUUUGAAGUUCGGCCUGAACCGUGGGUUACCAACAUCACUGUUGAUGAUAUCCACUCUGGAGAUUUUCUUGUUUUGUCCAAAAUCCGGGGUAGAUGGGGUGCUUUCGAGACCCUGGAAAAAUGGGUUACAGGGUCUUAUGCUGGCCACACCGCGGUCUGCUUGAGGGAUUCGGAAGGAAAACUAUGGGUUGCAGAAUCGGGACAUGAAGUAGAUGGAGAAGAUAUCAUUGCAAUCAUGCCAUGGGAGGAAUGGUGGGAAUUCGAGCUGACUAAGGAUGAUGCAAAUCCUCAAAUAGCUCUUCUUCCUUUGCAUCCAGACCAACGGGCCAGUUUCAACGAGACUGCUGCCUGGGAAUAUGCUAAAAGCAUGUCGGGAAAACCUUACGGUUAUCAUAACCUGAUAUUUAGCUGGAUAGACACAGUUAAUGACAAUUUUCCAGAACCCUUGGAUGCUCACAUGGUGGCUUCUGUUAUGACUGUUUGGACUCAGAUGAUGCCUGCGUAUGCCGGCAACUUGUGGAAUGAAGCGCUGAACAAACGACUAGGAACUCAGAACUUAACUCUUCCUGAAAUUCUUGUGGAAGUCGAGAGGCGGGGAUCAUCGUUUGGCGAGUUAUUAGCAAAACCCGAACAAGACAAUUGGGUUUAUGAGGAUGGGAUGUCGGCGUCAUGUGUUGCCUAUGUCUUCGAGCUGUACAAGGCAGCAGGAUUGUUCGGAAAAUUAUCCAGCAAAAUUCAAGUCACUGAGUUCACAAUAAAAGACGCCUACUCCGUAAAGUUCUUUGAGAACGACCCUCGCCGUUUGCCCAAAUGGUGCGACGAAGGGGACACGGAACAACGACCCUUCUGCCAAAUCCGAGGGAAGUAUAGAAUGGAAUUACCAGGUUACAACACUGUCGAACCGUAUGCCCACAUGAACGAGAAGUGCGAAUCCUUGCCGACAGAAUAUUACAGAACUCCAGGCUGCUAAUGUUAGGCAGUUCCCUCGAAAUUCAUUCAUAUUAUAUACUAAUUUCUAGCAUUUAGAACUUUUAUCUUCACUACACCAGUAUGUUUGGACAGAUUAGCACAUAUUUUUGGAAAUAUUGGGCGUAAUCCCGGGUCGACUGUACAGCUAUACCGUAGACGAGGUUUUGAUAAUAUUGUAUGGUUAGAAAUAGAAUGCUUCAGCUUAUCUAA